CUCAUAGCGCCUCGGUUUUUGGGUUCAGACGUCCUACGUCUUCGACAUUAUUUCAGUCUUGUCUCCAACCAAUUUUCUGGCGUUACUGGCGAGCAACACUUUCGACUCGUCUGGGACCAUGUUCUCUGAAUUGUCUUUUGGCAAUGAUCAGCAUACGGCAUUGGGAGUUCAGAAGCUGGCAAGCUUCGCACUCGUCUUUUCUUGGUCAAUGGUUCUGCGUCCUUCUCUACCAAUCUUGAGGGUUAUUUUGGCGUUUUCGGUUGUUUCUUUGCUAUUUCGGUCUUUGCUUUUUUCUCUAUUAUGCCGCUAUUGUUUUCCUAUGGUUUCUUUCCAAUCGCGUUCUCUAUCUUCCCACGACAGAAGGGUUGCAUUGUUGUGGCAUUUUGGGGACGGGCGUUUGCUGGGAAAUCCAUGGGACAGAACAGGGACCAGUCAGGAGGCGCGAUCUAUCGAUUUUUCAAACUUCUUGGGACGAGAAAAGCAUAGGACCAUUCACACUAGACAUUAUCUUCCUAUCUCUCAAACUCAAAGGAUUGCUUUUCGAGACAAGACCUCGAAUCUCAUUCUCCUCGUCGCCCUCCCUUCAAAAUUAUAUCUUCUCGUACCAGCACCUCAUUCAGUCUGGUCUUCGUAGUAGACUCCCGAAUCAACAACGACGUGCGUACUUCUUGGUCAAGAUCAGAGCGAC